AUGACCGCAUUUUUUAGAUAUUAUUGUUUCAGGGACGUGUAUCACUUGUCCACUGGAAGUAGUAAAAACGAGGAUGCAGUCAAGCAAAGGAAUUACACCAGCCAUCGCUCCGGUACUUCUCCACCUUCAAUAUCUCGUAGUACGACUGCUCCUAAGGGACCAAUGUCGUCAACAUAUAAACAUUUUCUUGAAAGCAACCGCCGCUUGGGUACUGAUGUUCUGGGAGGAUUAGUUGGAAAAGGCGACAUCAGCCGCCAUGGUAUGUCGCUGGACUUGUCGCGAUUCGUACAGUCACAAGUACAAGAUUCAUCAAACACUCCACGAAGACGAUUAAAUAUAUUGCGUUAUUUCUCGCAAAUUGUAAAGAAUGAAGGGAUCGGCGGACUGUACAAGGGUUUAUUGCCGAAUCUCGUCGGUGUCGCUCCAUCGAAGUAA